AUGUCGUCCUUCACCCAGGAACCGCACAAACUGCUCGUCAUCCCCGGACCCAUUGAAGUCACCGAUGAGGUCCUCUACGCCAAUGCGCAUCCUUCCAUGUCCCACAUUUCGCCAGACUUCAUCCCGGUCUUUGGCGACUGCAUUCGCAUGAUGCGUCAGGUCCUCUUCACCCAGGAUGCACAACCAUUCAUCAUCGCUGGGUCUGGUACUCUUGGAUGGGACCAGGUCUCCGCAAACCUCAUCGAGCCUGGAGAGAACGUCCUCGUCCUCAACAGCGGCUACUUCGGCGACAGCUUUGCCGACUGCUUGCGGACAUACGGUGCGAAUGUUGACUCCGUUCAAGCUCCGUUCGGUGCGGCCGUGACUCCGUCGGAAGUGGAGGCCGCGCUGAAGGCCAAGAAGUACAAGGCAGUCACGUUCACCCAUGUCGACACCUCUACCGGCGUCCUCACCGAUGCGCAAGGGAUCGCCGCGGCGGUCAAGCGCGUUUCUCCUGAUACCCUUGUAGUUGCCGACGCCGUGUGCUCAGUAGCCAGCGAGGAGAUUCGCUUCGAUGACUGGGGCUUGGACGUCGUCCUGACCGCGAGUCAGAAGGGCCUGAGCACGCCGCCAGGCCUCAGCAUCCUCGUGGCUAGCCAGAAAGCGAUCAAGGUCUUCGAGACCAGGGCAAGCCCAGUGACGUCUUACUACGCGAGCUGGAAGAAGUGGCUUCCUAUCAUGACCGCCUACGAAACCGGCAACGCCGCGUACUUCGCGACCCCGCCUGUGAACCUGAUCUACGCUUUCAACGCGUCGCUCACCCAGCUUACGAAGCAAGCACCUUCGCUCGAGGAGCGCUUCCGCCUGCACAAGGAGGCCAGCCAGCGCAUGAAGCAGGCCGCUUUGGAUAUGGGCAUGAAGCAGCUGCCUCUGGACAUGUCCGUCGCCGCCAACGGCAUGACCGCGCUCUGGUUCCCCGAGGGCAUCACCGCGGCGGACAUCCUGGGGCCGCUCGCGAAGCAGGACAUCGUCGUUGCCGGCGGCCUGCACAAAGACCACAAGCUCAAGUACUUCCGUAUCGGACACAUGGGCAUCAGCGCGGUCGACAAGAACCGGGCCGACGUCGAGAAGGUCAUCUCCGCCCUGCAGGCGAGUCUCGCCGAGGCCAAGGCGAGCAAGAACGCGUAA